GUGCCAUUUUGUAUUCCUAGGCGUCGCCUUUAACGCGACGGAAGCUGAUUUCGUCUUUUCGUAAUAUCGUCGUUUUCGACGACAAGGGAGAGCUUACGCUCUCUAAAUUUUUCGUGUCUUAAGUGUUUAAAGCUUUUCUAUCUAUUUGAAGUGUUAAUUUAUACCGUUUGUGGUUUUUAUUGUUUGUAUUGGUAAUCAUGGCCUGCUGAAAAAUGUCGGGUCUGAAAUUGAACGUCACAUCUCCAUGCGGAGAGAUUUUCUCCACUAGAGUUUUCGUAGAUGUUAGAGGAGUUAACAAUGGACAAGAAACCUUCCAAUCGUUCAGUCCAAGUCCCAAGCAAGGGUACUGGAACUGAAAAACAAAAAAGAUGUCUCCAAACAGUUCAGCAAGACAUCGCGGCGCAGGGAACCAGCCAACAGCAAUGGGUACCGAUCAGACCAGAAUCGAAAACCAGCUCCCCAAAAAGGAAAGACAAUGGAUAAGAGACCUCGACCUCGCGGUCAGCUUUAUGGAGGUGGAAAGGAGAGUGCCCAGGUAGAAGAAUGUGAGGCAGAAUUGGGUUCUUUGUACUCGACUGGCAGCAAGAAACAGAAUCUGAAUCACUUGUUGAACUUUCACUACGCUCCGAGAGGGGAGACGGCUCGGCCCAGUCCCCGGCCGAGCCACCAGUAUGGAGUCCGUUGGCUCAUGUCCACACAAAAGCACAAGUACAACAAGGAACAUUUCUUGCAAGCCAACUGCCAAUUCGUUGUGAGAGCAAAUGCUGAUUACACUCCAUAUUUGGCAGACCCAGACCAUUUGGUCGAUUGGGAUUUUAUUGAACAAAUUAGAGUACCAAGUGUAGAGCCAGUCCACUGCCCGAUCUGCUUGAGCACUCCGGUAGCUGCCAAGAUGACCAGGUGCGGCCACAUCUACUGCUACCCCUGCAUCCUACACUAUCUGGCCCUGUCCGACAAGACCUGGCACAAGUGUCCCAUCUGCUUCGAGGCCAUACACAAGCAGCAUCUCAAGAGUGUGAAAGUGGAUGGCAAGAGAGGUUACAGUGUGGGGCAGUUGAUCACGUUCCAGCUGAUGGUGCGCGAGAGAGGUUCAUUGAUGGUGUGUCCAGUCUCACAGCUGGAGGUGCGCACUCAACACAAACCAGUGCUGGCUGUCAGUGAGACUCAACUGGACACAGCGUUCGCCAAGCUGCUGAUUGCUGACAGAGCUGAGGUACUUGCAAUGAUAGAGCAGGAAGUGAAGGAGCUGAAAGUUGAGAAAAGUGAAAACGAAGGCUGCCCAGAGCUGUGUUUUGUUGAACAAGCCUUGGAGUUGUGCGAAGAACGAAGGUUGAAUAUCGAUCAGAAGAUUAAAGAAAUUGUGGAGGAAAAACCUAUGGAAGAGGUGACGGAAAAUGAAGAAGCUACCAAUGCAAAUGUAUUGUCUUCCUCACCUGAUGAAAGCGCUAUUGUGUAUGAGUCUGCUUUCGACAACAUUCCUGUGGACAACAUCAACUCAGAGGACAAGGGUGAAACUGUCUCGACCAACAACAACAGAACUCGCUAUGAGAGCUUGAGCAGUGAAGGAGAAGACCCAUCUCUAACAGCCAUCACACCUGAAGACCUGGAAGUUUUUCACGCCCAUCAGCCACCUACACAAUCCAAGAACUUCUACUUCUACCAAGCAUGUGACGGACAGCAGAUCUACUUGCAUGCGGUGAACGUGCAGAUGCUGGAGAUGACGUACGGUAGUCUGCGAGAGAGUCCAGCGACCUUGACAGGCGUCAUCGUGGAGAAGGAGGCAGGCAGCAUGACAGUGGAGUUGAGGCGCAGGUUGAGAUACCUGCAGCAUUUGCCUGUCACCGCUCAGUUCGAGGUGGCCGAAAUAGAGCUGCGGCCCCCUGUCAUAACCGAGGAGACCUUCAGUGCUUUUGCAGAUCAGCUAGAACAACGUAGGAAGAGGCGACAGAAGCGAGCCCGGGAAGAGCGCAGGAGGGAGAAGAAGAUUGCUGAAGUAGAACUGCGUCAGAUGGGUCGACAUCGUACUCCACGGCUCCGUCUAGAUUCCCACCACCAUUUCCCGCAGUGUGGAAUAGCAGAGGAUGAAUUACCACCACCUCCGCCUAGAGCCCCGUCUGCAGAGUCAAGCCGAGCCAGUAGCCCCAGCUCCCGACGGUCUGUAUCUCCUAAUAUGGCUGCCCUGACCUUGGACCAAGACUCUUCACCAUCCUUUGCUCAAAUGCUGCGAGGCAACCCCAACGUGAAGCCCCAAGGGUGGGGCUGGCCCCGUGUCAGUGAGGCCAGCAAGCCCCGGGCUCCAUCACCCCCCCGCCGAGUGGACAGUGAUGGAGAGUCAGCCCCGCCGCCGCACUACAAUCUGAGUUUUUGUGACGUCAUCACUGCCGCAAUGCAGAAAGCUUCAAUCAGUCAAGAUCAAACUGAUACCCAAGGCGGGAAGAAAAAGAAGAAAAAACAAAAAUUACUCUUUUCUACAGGAAUGGCUUGCACUAGCAAAUAAUGAAUUUUCCCCGUUCUCAAAAAGAAUCCAGUCAGAAUAUUUUUACAAUUUAAGUUUAUACCUUAAGUUUACUUAUAAAAUUGUUACAUAUUUUUCCAGUAGUUUGAAAAAACUGGGUUUACUAGGUUUUUAUUGCCUAAUUCUAUUGUUGGGUUACAUUUAAAAUAAAUCACAGUUUAAAGGCUUUUUAAUUUUUGCCGUAAUAUUUGUAGAAAUGUGUUUUUAUGUCAAACGUUAUCAGCUUAGAGUUAUUGAUCGAUUACCUUCAUUGUUAUUUUUUUUGGUACAUAACAACAUAUAAACUUGUUAUUACUUUCUUUUAUUGGAUCUUAUACUGUUGUAAAUGAGCGAUUCAUGUGUUGAUUAUAAUUUUAAGUUUUAAAGCUAUUUAUUACUGUUUCAUUUUCUGAUUUUAAGUUCUUAAAUUUUAAUGUUUAGUUUUAAUUUUGACGUGUUAGUAACCUUUAAAUUCGUCCUGAAUUAUUUGGAUAACUAAUUACGAUGAUAUUAUAGUUCUAGAAUAUUUGGGCUCAUAGGAAUGAAAAAAAGAAAACACAAAAAAACCAUACUGUUCUAACCCCUGUGUAUUGAGGAUUAUCAACCCACCCGACACCUUUUGUUUUCUGUGUCGCCAAAGUCACAGAUUCAGCAUCAAUGUUUUGGUGUUAACUCUGUCGUGGGCUGUGACAAAAUAAAUUUUAAAGCUGCAA